CAAUGCAAGUACUUCAUGUACUUGGAAGAGCUUUAUGAAGAGGGAAACUCUGCAAUAAAAUGGUAUUAAUUCGUUGAACAGGCGCACCAAACAUGCCAGGAACUGGAAAUUGAGUAAAGUUUGGAACAACCGCUGUCUAACGUUACAUUCAAACAAGUGACCACGAAUAAACCAGGUUUGCCGAAAUGGAUAUGGAUAAUACAUCAACAAACUCUCAAGAUCACAGCUAUUCCAAUUCAGCAGGAAAUGUUAUGAAGCAACCUCCCAAGAGUCACAGACACUGCUGUGUACCUCACUGCACCAGUCGUGGUUACAACAAAGAUGAUGAGCAUGGUGAAAAAUUGCACCACUUCAGAUUUCCAAGGGAACCACCGAUACGGAAGCAAUGGAUUGUGAAAAUUUGCAGAGAUGAGGACGAUACAUUUCAAAUUAAAGGCCAUACCACUGUCUGCUCAUUACAUUUUCGCCCUGAAGACAUCGAAUUUCAACAAUAUGCCAAUCGACAUUAUCUCAAACCCGGGGCUGUACCAACUGUUUUCAAGUGCUGGGAAAAUUUGGGGCGAAGUGAUCUGAUUAAACAUACACGGCAACGCAAGCCAAAUAGACUUCAGUUGAGGUCAGCUGCUUUGCCUUCAUCUGAAUCAGUUGAUACAGCUGACGAUUUUCACGAUGCAGAAGUGGGAUCUGAUCCAAAUGACGAAGAUAUGGAUACACUCAUCGAAGGCAUGGAACUGGAAGGGGAUACCUUACCAACUGAGCCACAUUUAUCCUUGGAUAGACAAAAUGAAAAACUACAGCAGGAGCUGCAUGAAAAACUUAAGCUCUGUGACUUGUUAAAACAACAAGUUGUUGCGUUGAAGGAGGAUAUAAAACUUUGUGAAUUUUCUAUUGACAACAUUAAACUUGGUGACGUGGUUUUCUUCACUGGUUUUCCAAACAUAGAGGUAUUCAAUUCUGUGCUAAACUUCUUAAAUCCUGAAUUGAAUGGAGAAAACAUUAUAAUGACCAAUUUCGAUGAACCAAGUGGGAGUAAGAGAGGUCAUCCCUGUAAGUUGUCUCCAAGGGAUCAGUUCUUCCUUUUCUUGUGUCGGGUAAGGCUUGGGCUUCUUGAGCUUGAUCUUGCAUACAGGUUUCGAAUCUCAGUGUCAACUGUUAGUAGCAUCAUAAUAACAUGGUCAAACUUUGUCUAUUUGCGUCUUGGUUCACUUUGUAUUUGGCCUACAAAGGAACAGGUGAAGAAAACAAUGCCAAGAACAUUUGUGGACAAAUACCCAAAUACAAGGGUCAUAAUUGAUGCGUGUGAAAUUAAAACAGAGAUGCCGUCAUCACUGGUGCUAAAGUCACAGAGCUAUUCCAAUUACAAAAGCUCAAAUACACUGAAGGGUCUGAUAGGUAUCACUCCUGCUGGUAAUCUGUCCUUUGUGUCUCAAUUAUACACAGGAAGCAUCUCCGACAAGGAGUUAACUAUCCGCAGUGGCAUUCUCAAAAUGCCAUAUGAAGCAGGUGAUGAUCUCAUGGCUGACAAGGGGUUUGACGUUCAAGAUCUAUUAGACCCAAUUGGUGUGAAAUUAAAUAUUCCGCCAUUUCUUGGGAGGCAUGCUCAGAUGUCAGCUGAUGAUGUAGCUAGCACACAGAGCAUUGCUGCUGAAAGAAUUCACGUUGAGAGACUCAUCAACAAAAUUAAAAACUUUCAUAUAUUUGAUCAAGUGUUGCCCUUAACCCUUGCAGGGUCAAUUAAUCAAAUAUGGACAUGCUGUGCACUCUUAACCUUGUUCCAAAAUCCAAUAAUCUCCCUGCCAAAUCUUGAUGUCAGUGAUAGUGUGUCCUGCCCAUAG